AGUGAGAAAAGUGACAACAGUGACAACAGUGACAAUGGUAACAACAGUGAUAACAGUGACAACAGUGGCAACACUAAGAACAAUUACAACUGUGACAACCGUUACAAGAGUGACAACAGUGAUACCAGUGACAACCGUGACAAUAGUGACAACAGUGACAUCAGUGACCACUGUGACAACGGUGACAACAGUGACCACAGUGACAAGAGGGACAACGGUGACAACAGUGAGAAUGGUGAAAACAGUGACAACAGUGUCAACAAUGACAACGGUGAGAACAAUGACAACAGGGACAACGGUGACAAUAGUGACAACAGUGAGAACGGUGACCACCGGGACAUUGGUGACAACAAUGACAAUGGUGACAACAGUGACAAAAGUGACAUCAGUGCCAACGAGUGACAACUGUGACAAUGGUGCAACACUGACAACAGUAACAAUGGUGACAACAUUAACAACGGUGACAAGAGUGACAACAGUGGCAACCGUGACAAGAGUGACAAAAGUGAAAACAGUGACAUCAGUGACAACUGUGACAACGGUGACAACGGUGCAACAGUGACAACAGUGAGAACACUGACAACAGUGACAACCAUGACAAUGGUGACAACAUUGACAACAGUGUCAACAGUGAAAACGGUGAGAACAGUGACAACGGUGACAGAGGUGACAACAGUGAGAAGAGUAACAACGGUAACAUAGGUGACAAUACUGACAACGGUGAAAAUAGUGACAACAGUGACAACAGGGACAAAGUGAGAAUGGUGCAACAGUGGCAACAGUGACAACGGUGACAAUAGUGACAAUAGUGACAACAGUGACAACAAUGACAACGGUGACAAAGGUGACAAGGGUGACAACAGUGACAACAGUAAGAAUGGUGACAAUGGGGACAACACUGACAACAGUGAUAACAGUAACAACGGUGACAAAGGUGACGACAGUGACAACAGUGACAACAGUGACAACGGUGACAACAGUGAGAACAGUGACAACAGUGCCACAGUGGGAACGUUGACAACUGUGACAACGGUGACAACAGUGACAAUGGUGACAACAGUGAAAACAGUGACAACAGUGACAACGGUGACAAUGGUGAAAACGGUGACAACAGUGACAAUGGUGACCACAGUCACAUCAGUGACAACAAUGACAACACUGACAAGUGGGCAACAGUGAGAAGACUAAGAACGGUGACAACGGUGACAACACUGUCAACGUUGACAACGGUGACAACAGUGACAAUAGUGACAUGGGUGAAAAUGGUGACAUGGUGACAACAGUGACAACAGUAACAACAAUGACAACGGUGACAACAGUGACAUCAUAAAAACAGUGACAACGUUGACAUUUGUGCAACAGUGACAACAGUGAGAACUGUGACAACCGUGACAACUGUGACAACAGUGACAACAGUGGCAGUGAGAAAAGUGACAACAGUGACAACAGUGACAAUGGUAACAACAGUGAUAACAGUGACAACAGUGGCAACACUAAGAACAAUUACAACUGUGACAACCGUUACAAGAGUGACAACAGUGAUACCAGUGACAACCGUGACAAUAGUGACAACAGUGACAUCAGUGACCACUGUGACAACGGUGACAACAGUGACCACAGUGACAAGAGGGACAACGGUGACAACAGUGAGAAUGGUGAAAACAGUGACAACAGUGUCAACAAUGACAACGGUGAGAACAAUGACAACAGGGACAACGGUGACAAUAGUGACAACAGUGAGAACGGUGACCACCGGGACAUUGGUGACAACAAUGACAAUGGUGACAACAGUGACAAAAGUGACAUCAGUGCCAACGAGUGA